AUGAACUCUCUCCCCUCACAAAUAAUCCUUUUCAUAUUUGCUGCUGUUUUCGCCCUUCGCUGCUUCUUAUCCGCAUCCGCCAGGUGCCACGUGGACGAUGAGUCCGGGCUGCUGGGUUUCAAAUCGGGCAUCCGCUCCGACCCGUCCGCCAUGCUGGCCUCCUGGAAGAAAGGCACCGACUGCUGCCAAUGGUCAGGCGUCACGUGUCUGAGUGGCACCCGGGUCACUUCCCUGAGCCUCUCGGGCCGUCCCGGAAACCUGACCGCCGGCCUGUCGGGCACCAUCUCUUCCUCCCUCUCCAAGCUCCGGUAUCUGGACGGAAUCUAUCUCCAGGACCUCAACAACCUCACCGGGCCUUUCCCCAGCUUUCUCCUUACUCUGCCCAACCUUCUCUUCAUCUACAUCGACAACAACGCGCUAUCCGGGCCCAUACCCGCUGACAUCCGGAGGAUGGCCCGGCUCGACGUGCUCAACCUGGAAGGGAACAAAUUUUCUGGGCACAUACCGAGUUCGGUCGGCGAGUUGACUCAGCUGACCCGGCUGCAGCUAGGCGGCAACCGCUUCUCCGGCACCAUCCCCACCAGCAUCCGGCGGCUAAGAAACCUGACCCAACUGCAUUUGGACCGAAACCAGCUGUCCGGCCCGAUUCCUGACAUGUUCUCGGAACUCACAAGCCUCAUAAGCGUGCGCCUCUCGGGCAACACGCUCACCGGGACGAUUCCACCGAGCAUUUUAGCAACCGCCCCCAACAUUCGCUAUCUUGAGCUGGGAGGUAAUUCCCUGACCGGCCCGAUCCCUGAUUUUCUUGGAAAAUUUCGGGCCCUCGACACGCUGGACCUCUCCCGGAACAAAUUCUCCGGAACCGUGCCAAAGACUUUCGCAAACCUGACCAAAAUUUUCAAUCUUGACCUGUCGCGCAACAAUUUAGUCGACCCUUUUCCGAAAUUGCACGUCAGAGGUAUCGAGUCCCUCGAUUUAUCUUACAAUAAUUUCCACCUAGGCAAAAUCCCGGAGUGGAUCACGAUUUCGCCCAUCAUUUACUCUUUGAAACUGGCAAAAUGCGGGAUCAAGAUAAAACUCGAUGACUGGAAUCCGACCGAGACUUACUUUUACGACUACAUCGACUUGUCCGAGAAUGAGAUCACUGGAAGCCCGGCGAAGCUUCUGAACAGAACAGAUUAUCUCGUGGGGUUUUACGCUUCUAACAACAAUCUGAAAUUUACCUUAGAGAAUACCAAGUUUGCUAGGACGUUGAGGUUUCUUGAUCUGUCGAGGAAUUCGUUGUUCGGGAAGGUGCCUAAGGCAGUGACAGGACUUUCAAAGUUGAACGUGAGUUAUAAUCACUUGUGUGGUCAGCUGCCGGCAACAAAGUUUCCGCCUAGUGCUUUCGCCGGAAAUGAUUGCUUGUGUGGGUCACCGUUGCCGAAAUGCAAAGCUUGA